AUGAUGUUGUCGCUUUUGAUACUCCUCGCAAUUGGGGUCCGUGCCCUUGCUUACACCAUCCAAGAUGGAUGUCCACGGGAACUCGGCGCGGAAGGCGUGCGGGCUCGCAUACCACCUACCUUCAACACUACGGAUCAUGGCCACCAUCAUGGCAGAGCAUGGCCGGCGCCACCCGUUGGCUUCUACUUCAAGCCGUGGUCGAUGAUCCUUGCGUCGAAUCCUCAGUACGCUGCUAUGCGGAAUGUGCAAUACGACCCGACGCCGAUCGAUCCCUCGGACCCUACCGGACUUGUGAAUGAUCUCUUCUCGUUCCAGUUCCCAGGCAAUGACAGCAUCAUAACAACCUAUGGUGUCGAUGCACCUCACCCCUACUUCCCAACUGUGCUCGACUAUGCAGGAACAGGGAUACUUGUGGGCGCUACUAGCCAGUACAGUAUUCUAGUCUGGGGAUGCGAUAUCAACAAAGUUCCGUAUUAUGCCAGCUAUUCGACAGCAGUGAAUUCCACAGAUACGCCCGCAGGUAUCGACUUGAUGAGUACGAGCGAUCAAGGGCCUGACCAGGAUACCAUCCAUGCUGUUAUUGAGGCGUUGAAGAAGCUGGGCAGCGACGAGAUUACGAAGUACGUUGAGGCGUUGGAAAGGAUGGUACAGGACGGCGGGAGAAGGGGCAUGCCCAGAACUACGUGUGACGAUUACUGUAAGACGAAUCAGGGCUUGCUUGGAAUUGUAGACACAAUGGCGAAGCGCAAACUUAACGAGCACGACGUGCCAGAGGAGACAUCGAGCGACGAGUCGCAAUCCGAGCCCCGCAGCUCGCCCGAACCUUCGACACCUGCCGAGACCGCGACUGCGACUGCGACUGCGACUGCUCCCACCACGACAGUAACACCAACCAAAAAAGCGAAGAACAAGAAAAAGGCUAAAACAGCGACUGCCGCCGUUCCUGAAGUGCCUAUCGCCGCUUCCUUCGCCGAAUUACAACUCGAACCCCGUCUAUUAAGAGCAAUCCGCGACCUGAAAUGGGCAUCACCGACGGCGGUACAAUCGCAGGCGAUACCGUUAGCUCUAGAGGGACGCGACAUUCUUGCGCGCUCCGGAACUGGCACAGGCAAGACGGGCGCCUACCUGCUUCCCAUCCUGCACAAGACCUUGCAGCAGAAGGGCCAAUCCCUCAUUCUGGCACCCACACGAGAGCUAUGCUUGCAAAUCGCGACAGUAGCCAAGUCGCUUGCACAACACUGCGGACAAGAAAUUCGGGUUCGCAACAUCGCGGGCAAGGAGUCAGAAGUCGUCACAAAGGCAGCCCUCGCCGACAAGCCUGAGAUUGUCGUCGCAACACCUGCUAGAGCAUGGACAAACAUCAACAGCUCGAACCUCGCAGUCAGCGACAUCAGGACACUCGUCGUCGACGAGGGUGACCUGAUCAAUGGUUACGGAUUCGCUGAGGACAUGGAGAACAUUGCGAGUGAGAUACCUGUCGGUGUCCAGAAGAUCGUCCUCUCCGCUACCCUCUCAACCGAUGUCGAGUCGCUCGGCAGCCUGCUCUGCACCGACCCUGUUGUACUCAAGCUUGCAGACCUGGAUAAGGACUCACAGAAAGUAAAGCAAUACGUACUGAAGGUGGCAGAGGACGAGAAAUUCCUCUUAAUCUACGCAAUGUUCAAGCUCAACUUAAUCAAAGGCAAGACAAUCAUAUUCGUCGGCGAUGUGGACAGGUCAUACCGGGUCAAGCUCUUCUUGGAACAAUUUGCGGUCAAAGCCAUCGUGCUCAACUCCGAGCUCCCAUUGGCUUCUCGCACGCACAUUGUUGAGUCAUUCAACACGAACAUGUACAACAUCCUGAUCGCGAGCGACGAGACCGACGUUGUCGGCGUACAGGAUGAAGGAUCACGGCCGAAGAAGAAGGCGAAGAAGGACAAAGAGAGCAAGGACUCUGGUGUUUCCCGUGGAAUCGACUUCCUCAACGUCAGCUGUAUCAUCAACUUCGACUUUCCUGGAAACUACAAGUCAUACUUCCACCGUAUUGGACGUACAGCACGAGCCGGCAAGUCUGGAACUGCCAUCUCGUUCAUCAUCCCCAAGGACAAGUACCGCAAGCACAAGCCAACCACCUUCGCUGGGUGCGAACAUGAUGAGAAGGUACUGGCGAGUGUGGAGAAGCAUCAACAGGAAGGCCAGAAGCUGGAAAACUACAACUUCGACAUGAAGCGUCUAGAACCUUUCAGAUACCGAUUCGCAGAUGCGUUGAAGUCGGUGACCAGAAUCGCUAUCCGCGAGGCUCGAAUCAAGGAAAUCCACAUGGAGUUGGCCAAGUCGCAGAAGCUCUCGCGAUACUUUGAAGAGAACCCCGAAGCGCUCGCACAUCUCCGCCAUGAUCAGACUCUGAACCACCCUGCAAGGAUACAACCACAUCUCAAGCACGUCCCAGACUAUCUGCUGCCAGGUGGAAAGAAGCCCGAGGAUGUCGGCUUCGUGGGUCUAAACAUACCGAAGGUGAGGAAACAAUAUAACAAGGGCAAGGGUAGGAGGGUAGUACGAAGGAACGGCAAGGUUGAUCCGUUGAAGACAUUCAACGCGAGGGGUAAGGGAAAGAGAUAA